AUGUCGAAAACAGAUAUGAUUGAGAGAAACGAACCAUCAGGCGACGAAAUUGCAAACGUGGUAUUAAAUCAAUUUGAUGGAUUGCCCACGAAGAGAAAACCUUUGAACAGGGGAGAAGGGGUUAGGGAAUGGGUACCUUUGAGUGGGAUUGUCGCUUCUGGUAGAACCGGCAUGAAAUGUCUUCCGCAAUCCAAACUUUCCCAAGCACAGGGUAAUGUGCUCCACGAUUGGCACGCCGAAAUUCUCUGUCUCCGCACCCUCAAUCACUUCUUACUGCAAGAAAUUCUCGCUAUCCUUUCUACCCCCUCCAUCCCCUCCCAAUACCUUCAACAACGCUCUCCCGAAACUAUCACCCAUGAUUCAUUCCAACCCUUCGAACUAAAAUCCCACAUCAAACUCUACAUGUAUUGUUCCGAAGCGCCCUGCGGCGAUGCAAGCAUGGAACUCACAAUGGCAUCUCAAGACGAUCCAACGCCGUGGGAUUUACCACCUACCAGUACUUCAUCCUCAGACAACAAACCCGAACUUCCAGGCCGAGCCAACUUCCAGCUUCUCGGACGCGUACGACGCAAACCAUCGCGUCCAGACGCACCUCCCACCCUCUCGAAAUCUUGUUCCGAUAAACUAGCUACAUCUCAAUACACAUCUAUUCUCUCCUCUCUCACCUCCCUCUUUAUUUCUCCUCAAAACAUGUAUCUACAUUCUCUCAUCCUCCCAGAAACGCAAUAUAACGAAACAGGCUUCGUGCGCUGUUUCCAGACUCGUUUAUCCACUUUACGAAACAAAGAACAAGGAAUAAGAGAGAGUGGAUAUGGGUUUCACGAACUAGGCGUCAAAACCACAGGGAAAGAAUUCAUAUAUUCUCGACGAUCAGAAACUCACAAUGCGAAAACAGAAUAUGUAAGUAGCAAUAUAUCCACCUCUUGGGUGCGUGGCGAUGGGAAAACAGGCGGGGAAACGCUUGUAAAUGGGGCCUUGCAGGGAAGAAAACAGUUUGAUGUGAAAGGUGCUAGUAGGGUUUGUAGAAGAAGAGGUUGGAAAUUGGGACUUGAAGUUUUGGGCGCAAUUACGGCAAUGCAGAUUGGCGGGAAGGAGAUUGUGGAGGGGAUUAGCAGGGGCUUGGAGGUGGAUGAAUAUAAGAAUUUGAAGGAGAGUGAUAUAUUGAGAGAGAGGAGGAGGGCGAAGGAAGAAGUAAGGGAGUGUUUGGGUGGAUGGGUGAGGAAUGAGGGGGAUGAUGGGUUUGGAGCUGGGAUAUCAAAACAGUAA